AUGGCUUGCUGUGAAAAGCACUCGUCGAGGCAACAAAACAGCCCUCCUCAGCUUGCGACGGACACAGAUUCAGCUGAUCUUCAGUGUGGUCCAUCUGAUCUCGAACCAGCAGCACACUGUCAUCCAGCUGAUCCACAGCCAGGCCCGUCCGGUCUAGAGCCAAUAACUCUACAGGAUCAACCUGAUCCUCUGCCAUGUCUGUCCAGCAUCACACCGAUAGACUGUGAUGAAAAUCCAGGUGAUCCCGAGCCAGCUGAAGCUGAUCAUCAGUCGGAUCCAUCUGUCCAUGAAACCAUGGCUCUACAAGAUCUGACUGAUCCUCCAGAAGAUCGUCUGUCUGGUUUGUCGGAUCCUGGUUUUGUACCAACAUGUCUGCAGGAUUCAGCUGAUCUUCUUCCAGGCCCGUCAGCUCUUGAGCCAGUACCCCCAGAAUUUCCAGCUGCUUGCAAGCAUACACGAAUCAAGGAUCAAACCCGAGCAGCCUGUUUCGGCCGUCCAACUCCUGUACCAUUUGAUGAGAUUUAUGAAGUGGGAGAUAAGCUUGGACAAGGAAGCUUUGGCACUGUGUACGAGGGGACUUCAAAAAUUCAACGCAAGAAGGUUGCCAUCAAAAUCAUCCUCAAGUGUAAAAGAGACCGUUAUAUUGAACUACCUGGCUGUUCAAAGCCACUGUUUGCAGAAGUGGCUGCAAACCUGCUGCUGAAACAGGCACCAUUAAGCCCCUACAUUGUGUACAUGCUGGAAUGGUUUGAAGAGGAGGAUCGGUUCAUCCUCAUCCUGGAACAUCCGAACCCUCCUGGCUGUUCAAAGCCACUGUUUGCAGAAGUGGCUGCAAACCUGCUGCUGAAACAGGCUCCAUUAAGCCCCUACAUUGUGUACAUGCUGGAAUGGUUUGAAGAGGAGGAUCGGUUCAUCCUCAUCCUGGAACAUCCGGAACCCUGCAUGGACUUGCUCAGAUUUGUGGUUCACAACAUGCAUUGGCCGAACGAAUUACAGACACGUAGCCUGAUGUAUCAAGCGGUGCUCGGGGCCAAGCACUGUCUUGACAGAGGUGUCUUUCACCGGGACAUUAAGUUGAAUAUUCUAAUAGACUUUGGCUGCAGUGACCUCGUCAAAAGUACAGGCUACUUGGGUGAUUUUAUAGGACGAUUCUGCCCACCUGAAUACUACACGGACUUAGGAUACAAGGCAGAGUCAACAACCGUCUGGUGUCUGGGUGUAAUGAUGUACACAAUGAUGUGCAAAUGUCGACACUUUAGAAGUCCUGAAGACAUGAUGCAUGGCAAUUUGAGAAGUCGCUGCCUGACUGUUGAACCAACUAAGAGAGCGACUAUUGAGGAGAUCCUACAGCAUAAAUGCUUUCAGCAAGGACAAAUGUCAGGACGUACACCAGAAGAUCAACCAUUUGAUGAGAUUUAUGAAGUGGGAGAUGAGCUUGGACAAGGAGGCUUUGGCACUGUGUACGAGGGGACUUCAAAAAAUCAACGCAAGAAGGUUGCCAUCAAAAUCAUUCUCAAGUGUGAAAGAGACCGUUAUAUUGAACUACCUGGCUGUUCAAAGCCACUGUUUGCAGAAGUGGCUGCAAAUCUGCUGCUGAAACAGGCACCAUUAAGCCCCUACAUUGUGUACAUGCUGGAAUGGUUUGAAGAGGAGGAUCGGUUCAUCCUCAUCCUGGAACAUCCGGAACCCUGCAAGGACUUGCUCAAAUUUGUGGUUAACAACAUGAAUUGGGCGAACGAAUUACAGACACGUAGCCUGAUGUAUCAAGCGGUGCUCGGGGCCAAGCACUGUCUUGACAGAGGUGUCUUUCACCAGGACAUUAAGUUGAAUAACUUUCUGAUCAACACGACGACUAACCGAGUCCAACUAAUAGACUUUGGCUGCAGUGACCUCGUCAAAAGUACAGGCUACUUGGGUGAUUUUAUAGGAGGAGUCUGCCCGCCUGAAUACUACAAGGACUUAAGAUACAAGGCAGAGCCAACAACCGUCUGGUCUCUGGGUGUAAUGAUGUACGCAAUGAUGUGCAAAUGUCGACCCUUUAGCAGUCCUGAAGACAUGAUGCAUGGCAGUCUGAGUUUUAACGUUAGAGUAUCCACAGAAUUGCAGAACUUGAUAAGUCGCUGCCUGACUGUUGACCCAACUAAGAGAGCGACUAUUGAGGAGAUCCUACAGCAUAAAUGGUUU